AUGCCAUUCAUUGAAAUCUUGGGUGUUAUCACCCAAGAAAUAGUCAAUAUGUUUGGGUGCGAGCUUCCCGAGGGUAAGGCCGCCAUAGGUCCCAUAAAGGUGACGAGAAGAGUGAGGAACUUUGAUCUCAAUUCUUGUGUACAACAAAUCAGCGAAAAAGAUACCCACCAGAAGUACAAAAUGUCAGAUCGACUAAACUCUCGCGUGAAAUCUGAACGUCGUCGUAUUGUUGAAUUAGAAGAUGACCUCGGCAGUGCAAACUCGAAAUGUCGUGAGCUCUCACGCCAGUUGCGUGAUGCAAACGAAGCUAAUGAUGCCCUCACCAGGGAGACGAAUUCUCUACGAGCUCGUGCGGCAGUAGCAGGCGAUCGACGCUUCAUGAGUUUACGUGAUAUGAGAAGAAUUGGUAGCAUUGAUUUAUUAACAAGAGGUAACGGCGUAUAACG